UCCUCCUCGCCGCCGAAGGUGACAGCAAAGACAGUUUAAAAACUCUAUGGUGACAGGGGACAGAAAAUAUGGCCACUGCUUACCUUACUCACCAUCAAAAAGUAUUGAGGCUCUACAAAAAAUCGUUGAGACACCUUGAAUCAUGGUGUAUUUUUAGAGAUAAAUACCGCUUCUACGCGUGCAUGCUGAGGGCACGCUUCGACGAGGCCAAGGAUGAGAAGGACAUGGUCAAAGCCACUAUGAUGCUGAAGGCAGGAGAGGAGGAAUUCUGGUCUAACCAACACCCGCAGCCUUACCUCUUCCCUGACUCUCCAGGAGGAACUUCCUAUGAAAGAUAUGAAAUGUACAAGGUCCCUGAAUGGUGUCUAGAUCACUGGCAUCCCUCAGAGAAGGCCAUGUAUCCUGACUAUUUUGCCAAGAGGGAGCAGUGGAAGAAGCUGCGAGAACAGAGCUGGGACAGAGAGGUCCAGCAGCUGCAGGAAGAGACCCCUGCCAUUGGGCCCAAGUCAGAGGCACUCCCCCCAGCCCGCAAGGACAGCGACCUCCCCCCUCUGUGGUGGCAGUACGUCACCCGCCCCAGGGAGCGCCCCGUCUAAGAGCCCCCGGAUGACACUACCUGGUGAUAACGCCAUGACAGCACAUGGCAGCUCACCACAGUACCUUCUACCACACAACAGCAUGCAGAUUCACCUCCUUGUGAAUUACUGUCCCUCUGUAAAGAUAUUGAUAUAAUGGAGUAGUUUUGGAAGAGUUUGCUUGUACGCAAGUUGCAGUAUGCUUUGUCAGAAGGUAUUCCACCCUGCCUGAAUUGACAGUAAUUAUUUAGUUUUAAAAGCAGGUGACUUUCAAAUGUACUGUAGCUGUACUUCUUUUCCUGUACAAGGACAUCUGUUUAAAUAAAUGAGUAUUUAUUGGGAAA